GUGUCACGUGACCCACGCUACCCGCCAUCUUUGCUUAUCGUAUAAACAGUGCGACCGGGUUCAGCACGAAUUCUUCUUGAGAAACCGCGGGUUUUCCAGUGUUUUUGAGUGAUUCAGUUACGAAGAAAUGUCCGAGAUCAAGGCGGAGAGCAAGAACGACAACAACAUCGAGGAUGUGUCGAAGGACCAUUCAGCAGAGGAGAAACCAAGUCCAACGAAAAAUAAACGGGGAGGAACGAAAAGACUCUCCACACUAGAAAGGUUGGCUCAAGAAGGAGAACGAGUCACAAAGGAUUUAAAUGCUUCUGUUGGAGAAGUUGAAGGGAGGAGGCGUACACGUAGUUCAGCACGAGGCCUUACCUCAUCGACACCUGUGCCAUCGCCACCUAAGAAAGAAAAGAGGGACACAUCGACGAAAGGUAGUGGUCGUGGACGCGGGCGUCCAAAACGACAAGAAAAAAAUAAUGACAAUAAUACAGAUGAAGAAGCAGCUAAUAAUAAAAGCGAAAAGCAUUCCGAAGAAGAAUCUAUUAAAAUAGAUGUUGAUGAACACAAAGAGGAUGCAGAAAAAUUGGGAGAUAGCGAGGACAAGGGCGUUACAAAAUCCGAAAAUAAAGAAGCUUCUGACAAGGCGCUUGACUCUAAUUUCAAAGAGGAGAAAGUUACGGAAGAAUCGGAAAACUUUGCGGAAGAAAGUAAGAGUUCUAGUAUCAGUGAAGAGAAAAAGGAGGAGGACAUAAAGGAUAGCUCGGAUUCGAGUCAAGAUGCAACAGACACAACAACAGAAGCACCACCUUCAUCUUCAUCAGAGUCUCAAAAUCCCUCUAAUGCUACUACUACCGAAGAACACAAGGAAUAACCUUCUUUCGCCUGAUUACCAACAUCAUCAGGUACCAGGGCGGCGCACACAUUGGGGUUACAAAUCCAGUCCCCUCGUCUAUUUUAACAAAUUGACACCUUCUUGCCAAUCGUGAUCCUAAUCAGCGUACACGAGCUAUUAUUUCCCUUUUUAAUUCGCAGAUAAAACAAAAAAGGUUAAUGUUAUUCAUUCAUCGUCAGGAUAAAUAUAUGUCUAAUUAGCGUAUUUAAUGGUAUUGGGAGUGUACCACAGAGUAAUUAUUUUAUUUAGUUUUACUUUGAGAGAGAGCGAGAGAAAGAGAGAAAGAGAGAGAGAAAGAGAGAGAGAGAGUGUAAAAUUACUCGUUGUGCACUGAUUAGUUUGCGAUGCGAAAGCGAGGUGUAAAGCGUACGUUGUUCAUGUACAAUGAUAAUAUUAUUGUAAAAUAUAUUUAAUAUGGACUUAUAUAGACAAGUUGUUUUCAAAUCAGAGCUGAGGCCGGAGUCUUUAAAUACCAGUCUUCAAUUCAGAUCUGAUAUGGAAGUAGCUGAAAUUCGUACAUAGUAAAUUACUGUAAUACCUUAUCUUAUAUAAAUAAUGACUGAAUGAAAUGGAAUAUAUGAGAAUUAUGGUGAAACGACUUCUCUUUUUUCAUAAAAUGCAGAAAUAAAAUUUCUGAGAAACGCGUCGUAGCGUGAUAUCAAUUCUCCUUCCUCGCAUAAUAAUGUUACUAAUAUCAACCGGUUCUUCGAUUUUUCAUAUUUUAAGUUGCAUAUUUUAAUUAUCUGACUAACACUUUAACGGGACGACAAUGCUUUGUUUCUAUCUUUCGAAUUGAGGAAAGAAGGAAAAAAAAAAAGGGCAACAACGAAAACGUGAGAUAAACGUUUGAAAUAACGUGCAUAUGUAUUUUUUUUUUGUGACAGAAUUCUGCAGCAGUUCGGUGUUUUGUAAUGAAUGUAAAUCUUUUUAUUAAGUAUCCCCUUCUUUUCAUUUACAAUGGUCCAAUAUUAAAUAUGUUGAUAUUAUUGUGUAUUUGAACGGUUGUGAAUGUACAGAUAGAUUAUAUAAUUCACUGAAUUAUGAUUAAAAGGUUCACAAAUCUUAACAAGAUAUAGAAAUGGAAUGAUAAAUCUAAUCAUUGAACGCUCGAAAGUUCGAACUUGUGUGCAAUUAAAGAAACAAUUUGUUUCGAUCGCGCUUUACAUACAUAUCGUUUAGGUCACGCGAAUGUAAAAUAACUCAUUCCUUUUCCUUCUUCCUUGAUGUCCGUUGCAAAACUUUCGAACAGAUUUCUUGAAACAGAUUUAUCGAGCAGAUUUUGAACUCGAGCGUUGUCGAGGUAACUGACAGUGUUUGUAAACAAAAAAAAAAAGGAAAGAAAAAGAAAAAAAGACAGAGAGGAAAAUGGUCUCAGCCGAGUCGCUGCUUGCUUCUAAUAAUUAUUUCUAUCGUAAGGGAAAAUAGGAUUUGCCAUUCCAUGUAUUUUUUCUUUUUCUUAUCGGUAGCAUGACGAAACACAUCGUCGAUUUUCGCAAAAGAUUAAAAUCAAAUGCGAUACGCGUGUACAUAGUUAAGGUUAAGCUUCGUGUGUGGCAAUUGAUCUUAUCUUCGACGUGGUAGCGUGAAGGAUUGGAACGACGUGUGCCAGCGUGAGCAUCCUGUUAUAGAAAAUAUAGAAAAUAUAGCUGAAACAUAUUUUUUUGCUAAUUCAAUCAAAAAUGAAUCUUUACGAUACGCAUCACGUUAUAUAAAUUAAAAACAUUUAGCCCUUUU